AGUUUGGGGCGGAGGCUCUGUUUGCAUCUCUUUGCAUCUCUUUGCAUCUCUUUGCAUCUCUUUGCCGUCUUGAGGACGUGAAGAGGAUCUGAGGCUGAGAUUUGAGGCAUUUGAGGCAAGAAGUUUUUCGGAGAUGACAAGUCUAGACUCCACUGCCUCGGAGUGCCGCUUUGAAAAGGCACUCCGCCUUGCUGAAGCACAUCUUGCAAAGAGAGCCCGGCAGCCAGCUUUCAAAUUGGAAGUGCAGCUCCAGUGUCAAGCUCUACAGGCCAAACAGGAGGCCAAAGAAAGAGCUCGGCAGGAGUGGCUCGAAGGCUUGAGCCUCGAGAAGUUCGCAGAGUUUCAAGAUCGCACCAAAACAUCCCAUGCUCGUCACGAACAAGUCCAAAAUUUCAACAGGUGCAAACAAGAAGAGCUCCUAGCAGCUGCGGCUGCCACAAAACAGGCAGCUGAGGCUCGUGCUGAGAUGAUUGCUCAGCGACGCGCUGAAGAAGAAGCUCUGAAUCGUGAUAUUGCGAUGCACAGAGAGAAACGGAUUUCAACCACCACAGCCCGAGCUAUCGAGAUGCAACAGGAGCGAGCUGCAUCUAUCCGUCGUGAACAGGAGAGAGUGCAAAAACGUCGCACCAUGGUGGACCAGGAGAAUGCCAAAGAGCGGGCUGCCUCAUGUGAGCGUCGCCGAGCUCGAGAUGAGAAUGUGAAUGAGCGGAUGCGGGCUCGUUCGCAUCACUUGGAGGGUCAGAGGAAGGAAAAAGAAGCUCGUUUUCUUCAGAAGUGUGAGCAAGCCGACACAGAGAAUCGUCGACGUGCUGAGAUCAUGGAGCGCAUUCGCCAACUUCAGCAGCAGAAUCAUCAAAAGGUGGCUCAAAUCAAAGAGUUGACAUGGAAGGCAUCUGUGACCAACAAUGAGGACAUUUUGCGCCAAGAGCUCGAGGUCUUGGUUCCUCGAUUGAGCUCUGCGCCAACCACACCACGUGGCUCCUUUUGCUCUUCCUCCAACAAGGGGAUGUCACCAGGAUCUGUCACCAAUCGUAUCCACGAUCGCUUCAUUCCUGCCACAUUUCAGCCAAUGACCCCCAGAAAACCGCAAACCCCGCGUGCUGGCUUCGGACAAUUCGAGUCGGUGUCGCCUCUCAGUGCUUCUUCGCCAACAAGUUCGAAGAGCUCUUCUGCUGUUGUCUCACCACAUCGCCAAAAGGCACGUUUUGACCCUGUGAAUUCAGCGGUCUCGCUCGGGUCGACCCGAGCUUCGCUACAUGCUUCCAUCCCGGAGUUGGGUGCGCACUGUGCUUAAGCUUAAAGUCUGUGCACGGUCGACCAUGCGGAUCUUUGGGUACAAAA